GAUUUUUUCAGGACUCGAGGGGGUCUGGGUGAGGGGCAUGUGGCAGCGCAUCGACCCCCAAAUCGCAAUCGGCUGGGGUCGUCUCCUUGGGCCAGAGUCACCUCUGGCAGCGCCCGAGGCUGGAAGCUCCAUGCGGCGGAAAGCUCGUGGCGAUUCCGGACCAAGUCCCACCCCCGCCGCCUGUCUGAUUUGGCCCAGUAGGGGUGUCGCUGGUGGGAGUUUACUUCGCUGGUGCUCGCACGAAUCUUCUCAUCCCCCACGGCCGUCCCGGGGACCCAGAAGGAUUUGGAACAGUUGCGGAAGGGUUCGCAUGUGGCCGCCGAGGAGCAGGGGGAGGAGGAGGCGCUCCACAUCUACAAGUUGGCUGCCGUGUGCAGUUGGUGCAGGCGGGUGGGGCGGGGCCAGGACCCUAAACUUCUCGAAUCAGCGCCGUGAACCUCACCUUGAUUUGGCCCACCCGAGCGUUUGCAGCCCAGGGCUGGGGAGCCAGUGCCACGGCGUCUGGACGGAGCGCUGGUCGGACCCCGCCGUCUUGGAGGAGCUCAAGUUGAGCCUGGAGGCACCGCUGCUCCUGGCCGUGGAGCAGCACCAGUGCCCCUUUGGGGUCGCGCUGCCCGGCGACGUCACGUGGCCGAGCCCGCCGGAGAGCCUGCGCGGCAUCGUGGCGCCGCGCACACCGCUCAAGGUCGUGGCCGUCGCGUACUCCCUCGUGCCUUAUGCGGUGGGCAUCUCGGCCUCGGUGUCGUUUUUCAGGCGCAGGGGCACGCGGCAGCUCUGGAUGCUCCUCUGGGCCUGGCCCAUGAUCCCCCUGCAGGAGCUUGUGUUCAAGAGGAUCUCACCGGAGCCCCGCCCAGGAACCAUGCUGCAGGUUCGCGACUACGCUGGCAUGUACGCGGGGUCGUGCCUGAAGAAGUGCGGAAUGCCCUCCAGCCACGCCAAUCUGACGAUUGGGUGGUUCACCCUUCUUCUGCUGGACGCAAUCUAUCGCGUCAGGCCGUUUGCGCUGGGAAGGAAGACGCAGACCAUUUUGAUUCGUCCGGGCGCCAGCGGAGCGCAGAAGUACGCAAAGUGCUUGCGGUUGUACCUGACCGUACCUUGGGAACACCGCGACCUUCUGACGCACACAGAAUUUCUGGUCUACAUAUCGACGUGGAUCCUCAUCCUUAUUCCAGUGCCCUUCAUGCGAGUCGCCCUGUACGACCACACGUUCGACCAGGUAACCGUAGGAGCGAUGAUAGGAUUAUCGUCCGCAGUUGUGUGGUGGCGGAUCGCGAGGAGACUCCAACGCAGAUACCAAGAGCAUGAGGGGUGCCGCGUUUUUUACGGUCUGCUUGAGCACAACCAUAAGCUGACCCAGUUCCACCUCACGAACUCGGGAGACAUCGUCAGCGAGAUGCCAGAACACCUCGGCCUAUCGCCGGGCUCGGCACUCUGAGACAUGGCCGCUCCCUGCGUCUCCCCUCUUCCUCGCUGGUUCUGGUGACGCUCCUUUCACAGGCCUCUAACACUCGAGCCCCUCUGACCUGCGGCAGGCGAGGGGGGAAAGCACCGCGCAGGCCGCCCCGCGCCCCCCUCGCUUCGGCAUGUUCAGCCCUCUCCGCAGAGGGCCCGCGCGCGGGGCGGAGCCGCCUCGCUGGAGGGCAAAAUGCCCUCCCUGAGGGUGAGAGGAAACCUUCUCCUCCUCCUCCCUCCUCCUCCUCCCUCCUCCUCCUCGUCCUCCUCCUCC